AUGUAUCAACAUCAAAUCAACGAUCCAGAUUCAAUGGAUUAUUUAAUUUCAGAAUUACUUCCAUUCCGACAUCAAACUCAUGAUCUCAUUCCAUCAUCAUCAUCAUCCAUCAACACAUCAGAUUCAGAUUCAGAUACGACCUUAGCUUUACUAUUACCUUUAUUAGUCUUACUUUUCACUUUGCUUUUCUUACUUUUAUUAUUUUUGAUUUUUUUGAUUCUGAUUCGAAAACGAAGAUCGUUUCGUCGUCUUACCGGUCAUGGUCCACUAAGAUUAAGCGAUUCAGAUGGUCCUUUGGAUUUAUCUCAAUCUGAUCAGUAUGAACAUUCAGAAGCUUUAGAACGUCGUUGGUUAGAACAAUGUUCUGAAGGCGUUCGAUUAGGUUAUCUAAGAGCUAAACGUCAGUCUUCAUCUUUCUCUACAUCAUCAAUUCGAUUCCUGGAAUCUGACCUUCUUUAUUCGGUAUUCUUUUCCAUAACAGUUUACCAAACUCAAUAUCGACCUAAUUCAUUCCCAACCGAUAUCACUUUAUCACAAUUCUUAUCAAUCCAAGAAAAAGGUGUAUCAGCAUGGGCCUUUGAACCGGAUUACGAAUCAAAUCCAUCCUUACCAUUAAUCGUUCAAUCUCGUACUGAAAUCACUUUCUUGGCUGAUGGUGUUGGCUUAUCACCUUCCGAAGGUGGUGGGGUUUGUGUACAGUCUAAUUUACCUUUACCUAAACUUAAUGAAGUUUAUUAUUUUGAAUGUAAGAUUUAUGAAAAGUUGGAGUCCACUGAGAUCUCCAUUGGAUUGGCUACUAAACCUUAUCCUACUUUUCGAUUACCUGGUUGGAAUAGACUGUCUAUAGGUUACUUUGCAAGCGACGGAUUCAAAGCACACAAUUAUCCAUUCACCGCCACAUCUUAUGGUCCGCCUCUGAAACAAGGUGACGUCUUAGGGGUUGGAUAUCGACCUCGAACAGGAGCCGUGUUCUUUACACGAAACGGAAAGAAACUAGAAGAUGCCUUUGUGGGUCUUCAACGAUUCAAUGUGUUUCCCACCAUUGGAGCUACUGGACCUGCUUCGGUACAUGUGAAUUUGGGACAAGCUGGAUUUGUGUUUAUUGAAGCGAAUGUGAAGAAAUGGGGAUUAGCACCGAUGGCUGGAACCUUGGCACCUCCACCUGCCUAUGGUCAUCAAACUGGUAGUAUCUUACUUUCCAGUGGGAAUGAACAACAUGAGAGAAGACAAAGAGGAUUGGCAGAAGAAGAAGAGGAAGAGGAAGGUGGUUCUUCGGUUGGGACUAUUAGACCGAUCUUGGUAGGAGAUUAUGAACAAUUACCUCAUAAUCCACCUACACCUAGACCUUUGGAUAUCUCAUUAAGACAGAUCAGAUCAGAUCGAUCAUCAACCCCGAGUCAGGCAGCUAGCCCACCUAAUUACGCACCUAUUGAUCCUUAUAAAUAUGCAGCAGGAGUAGCAGAAGUGAUGUUGGCUGAACAGUUUGGUGGAUCAGCUGAUUGGAGAAAUGCAGGAGCUCAUGGAUCUUCUUCUUCGACUAAUCGAUGAAAGAUCAUUAAGAAAUCGAAUCCUACUUUCUCUUGCUUUUGUUUUCAUAUAGAUUGGGUUGUAGGUAGGAGUAGGAGUAGGAAG